GGGAAUAGAAAUUGAAGAAUCAAGAUCCGCUUGAGAGAGAAGAAAGGGAAGAAAAGAUGAACAACAUGAAUCCGCAGUCCAGCAGCGAAUCCAGACACCACGAUGACGACUCUACGCUAUCCGAUUUUCUAGCGUCCUUGAUGGAUUACAAUCCAACUAUUCCCGAUGAACUCGUGGAGCAUUAUCUAGGCAAAAGUGGAUUUCAAUGUCCCGAUGUUCGGUUAAUCAGAUUGGUUGCAGUUGCUACUCAGAAAUUCAUCUCCGAGGUUGCAAACGAAGCGCUUCAGCAAUGUAAAGCCAGACAAGCUUCUAUUGUUAAGGACAAGAGGGAUAAACAGCAGAAGGACAAGCGCCUGAUUUUGACUAUGGAGGACCUGUCGAAAGCUUUACAAGAGUAUGGAGUUAAUGUGAAGCAUCAAGAGUAUUUUGCUGAUAGCCCGGUGACUAGUCUAGAUCCUUCGACUAGAGAUGAAUGAGAUGGAUUGAUCGGCCUAUUUGCGUUUACAAUCUAUAUACAUAUGUCGUUUUCCAUACAGUAUUAAGACACUAUUACUCGUUGAUUUUGGAGAUAAAAUCUCAACUGUCUUAGCUUCUUUCUUAGUUUGUUUGCCUUUUGAAUUCUGAAAACAUUUUAUCUUAUGUGAAUUAUUCGGAUCAUAUUUGAAAGUUGAA